GCCGCGCAUAAUAGAAUACCACGGGCAGGCAGUAGGACUAGGUCACUUCAAGAGACAGGUAGUCUGCUGGCGCACCCCGAUCCUAUCGUGUGACUCUCUGUAACAGGCCAGAUCAAACCUUGUGUUUCCCUCCCCAACAUCCGACAUGGCACAGCGGGGCCCCAGCAGUGUUAGGCCAGAGAAUGGUCAGCCCACACUUACACCCCCCACUUUUGCCACCUACUAUGAAAAUGCAGUCGUCACUGCUCGAACUCGGAAUCCAUCAAGAAGAGACGAGCCGUUCCAGAAAUUACCCGAAGGUCCACUGAUUGGCGGCGACGUCGCAAAGCACCUCCAUCGGCUGCGCGAUGAGAUCUACGAGAAUAGAAGGAAGACGGCCGAGGAGCGCAGCAAGCGACCGUCUGUAGCCGACUUCUACAAGGGCCGCCACGUCCUCGUGACGGGUGGCUCCGGCUUCCUGGGGCGGAUGCUCAUCGAGCAGCUGCUGCGGACAUGUCGAGAUAUAGGCAACAUCUACAUCGUCCUCAGGGCCAAGAAAGGGGAAUCCCCUGAGCGCAGGCUCCAGGCUCUGGUUUCUGUCCAGUUGUUUGACAGGCUGCGUGCCGAACAACCCGAUGCACUGUCCAAGAUCAUCGUGCUCCCGGGGGAUAUCACCGCGCUGGGCCUCGGGCUGAGCCGCCAGCACCAGGACCUGGUGCGCAGGGAGGUGUCCGUCGUGUACCACGUGGCGGCCUCCGUGCGCUUCGACGACCCCAUCCAAAAGGCCAUAUUAACCAACGUCCGCAGCACGCGAGAGGUGGUGGAGCUGGCCCGGGGCAUGCGGAUAGCAGCCUUGGUGCACGUGUCCACGGCCUACACCAACAUGGACCAAUACGACCCGGUGCUAGAGAAGGUGUAUCCGACGGAAGUGGACUGGAGGAGCGCGAUCCGCAUGGCCGAGGAGAUGAGCAGCGCCGACCUGUGGGCCAUGGACUGCCUGGGGCACAAGCUCCGCGGCUUCCACGUCAACACGUACACCUUCACAAAGGCCAUGGCCGAGAAGGUGAUAGACGACGUCGCCGAAGAGCUUCCCGUCAUCAUCGUCCGCCCUUCCAUCGUCAUCCCCGCGUACAAGGACCCGAUUCCCGGCUGGAUCGACAACCUAAACGGCAUGGGCGGUAUGUGGGCUGCCGGCGGGAAGGGCUUGAUCCGCGUUCUGUACGAACCAAAUCCAGUCAUAUUUAACACAGUGCCUGCUGACUUGGCCGUCAAGAACACCAUCUUGGCUUCCUGGGUGUGCGGCCAGAACUUCAGUCUGAGUGCAGAGGAGAGCGUCCGCAGAGGUGCCAACGUCGUCAACGCUACUACGCCCGGUGACCAAAGACUCGGUGUUACGCACAAAGACAUGGCGUUUGGCGUGGAGAAUCUUUCGAACAGGAUAGCCUUUCCUGGUUGUGUCCGCGACCCAAAAACGGUCCAAGCAAAGAACUAUGUGCUCUAUACGAUGCUACAUUGGUACCAUCACAUACUGUUCUCCAUAGUCCUUGACACGGCUGCUAGGCUCACUGGUCGAAAACCAAGGCUGCUAAUGUACCAACGCAAUGUGAUGGUGGGACUUCAAGCGACCGAGCCGUUUAUGAAAACCUUUAACUUUGGAAUGGAAAACCAAAAUUAUCUUCAGACCAUUAUACACCCCAAGGAUGAGGAAGCAUACAGCACUCUGGACUUCUACGGCGCCAGAGCCAGCAAAGAAACCUUAAUGGACUGGGCCUACAAUUGUGUAAGGGGCGUGAUGGUCUACACACUGAAGGAGGAAGUAAAACCCGAAAACGUCGAUCAAAUCCCUAAGCUUAAGAUGCUGAUGAAAUUGUACCAUGGCACAAUAGCUGCUUUGGUCGCAAUGGCCGUGUACGUUAUGGUUGGAUAAGUGCGAAAUACGCGUACCCCACCCCUGACACCACCUAAAUCGUACAACAAUAUUUAUUAUAACGAGCAAUGCUUCAAACUUUCCCCAUAAGAAAUGCGGUAUUUUACGCUACUAUAAAGUCACUCUUUCCCAGUCCGCCUGCUCAAGACCCCGGAUGUGUGGAUCGGUUAUCGGUUGGGUCAGCUAUUUGUUUCCUUCUGUACACGGUAAAAAAGUCUCAUUUUUUAAGGAAAAGCGCACUGUAAAAAGCUUACAUUGAUUUUCACUGUAAGCUGCAGUGAAAGCCUGCAGCACUGUAGCUUACGGUGAGAUUUACUGUAGCUUACGGUGAGAUUCACUGUAGCUUACAGUGAAAUUCACCGUAAGCUACGGUGAAUCUCACUGUAAGCUACGGUGCUGCAGGCUUUUACUGUAGCUUACGGUGAAAAUCACUGUAAGCUUUUAAAAGUGCUGAAAACUUUGAGGAGUUUCCAUGUUUGAGCAAGUGCACUCAUCACUUGCUGUACACUUGCUUGGAUACAAGGGAUUGUUUUUUUCCACGCGGCAAGAGCUUGAGCUAUGAAAGAUUCUGAAGACGUGCGAUCAAGUUCGUGGUCGUGGAGCGCGGUUACUGCCGCGGGGGAAAUGAGGGCUGCAGCCCCCUGCCCCGAGGGGCGCCGUAUACUUAACGACACAUGGCUCGGGACCUCAUCUACCCCGCGAGCUGUAUCCAUUCAGGGCCGGGAGGUGGUAAAGAGCCGGCAGGAGGACGUGCGCUGCUGAGCGACACGUGUUUUAUCUUCCUCCACAGAGCGUAUUGCGUUCCACCGAAUACCUCUCCUCCACUCGCCAGCUAGGCAAAGGUGGUCGCGCCAUCUGUGCGCCGGGGGGAGCUGAUGCUACGUGCACGGAGAGAAAUGUCAGGUUGCACUCCCAGCAAAGUAUAGGUUGUUAGGAACUAAAUAGCUAUCACAGCAAUCAAGUUUGCUCUACCAGCGAUCACGUUGCCGUCGUAACAAUUCGAAGGCAGCUACGAAUCCAGCUGCCGACAUCUAGCAAUAACAGCAAGCCGGUUUGAUGCAUUUACAGUUCUUGCAACUUUUGACCCGGUCUGUGCCAUCGCCAUCACCGUUCCCACAUUUCACCAAGUGAGGGGCACGGACGUUCCCACAUUGACCUUCUGAGUUGAACACUGUUACACUCUCAUUUCCUUAUGGACACGCUUACGGUGAAUUUUGUGCUAACAUAUUACGGAUCACAAAUUAUCCAUUAUAUGGAUAAAAUUGUCCGUAUUACAGACAAUUUGAUCCAUAUUACAGAGAUGCCGAGAUGCCUUCAUCCGUAGGGUAUGGACGAAAGGUCUAUACCUUACGGAGGAGGGCAUGUCUGUAAUAUGGAUCUAAUUGUCUGUAAUACGGACAAUUUUAUCCAUAUUAUGGAUAAUUUGUGAUCCAUAAUAUGUUAGCACAAAAUUCUCCAUAACAUACGGAUAGCACAUCCAUAGGGAAAUGAGAGUGUAGUAGAUUUCGUAAUUUUACGAUAAAAUUCCUCACGAACAGUUCGUAUUCUGCUUUUACGAACAAUGUUCGUCAAAUCCAAAAAUACGAACUGUUCGUAGGCAAUAAACAAAUUGUUCGUAAAUUUAUAGACGCACACUUGUUGACAGGGGUGCACAAUGACAUGGAUAACUUACAUAUCUAGAAAAAAUUACGAACUUUUCGUCAUUUAACAAGUAUUCGUUUUCAAAUCGAUAACGAAACAAUAUAGUGUAUAAAAUUUAACAGGUGUUUGUUCGUUAAUUUACGAUAAAAUCCCCUACAGUGAAGUGUUCUUAUUUACUUUUGUCCUGCUUCUCCGGGAUAGACGCCUUUUGAUUUGUUGUAUCGAGUGAUGAGUUGAGUGACGCGUUGAGGUUAUGUUUGGUUAUGGACACAGUCGCAGAAGUGACAUUUAUCAGUGACAGCUUUCUCCCCGGAUUACUCGCAUAUGAACUCUAUGAACAUUGCUUUCUUUUAAUGGUAAAGUGUUGUUUCCAUUUCUGAUCACUUUUGGGAGUUAAGAAACAACAUACGACAACAAGUGGUGGUUGUCCAAGAUUCGUCCGUGUUGGAAUCUGAUAAAGGUUAUGUCACCAAAAAUAUUUAAUUUGAACGAUAUUUUUUCACUAUUAUGUCAUGUGCUACGUCAUAUGUUUUUAGCGAAAUGAAAGGAAACAAUAUAUGAAA